AUGGUGCCUAACAUUUUCCUGAGCACCUUCUGGCUUCAUUUUACUGUUGCUGUGGCUUCAGAACCGCAAUAUAUUCUGUGGGUCUCCUCUGUAAUUCAGAGUCAUUCUACAGAAAAGGCUUGUCUCCACCUUUUAAACCUGAAUGAGUCUGUAUCCUUGAGUGUUGUCGUAGAGUAUGCUGAAGUCAGUAUCACUAUUUUUGACCAAUCUGUGGAGGAGGAGAACUUCUAUGCUUGUGCAGAUUUCAAGGUCUCUCAAAAGCCCUCUGAACAGUUAGCUUUUGUGACAUUGUUGGCUAAGGGACAUACUCUUAAAAUCUUUGAGAGAAGGUCAGUAGCACUCACUUCAGAAGAGACAGUAACCUUUGUGCAGACAGAUAAACCCAUCUAUAAACCUGGAGAGAAUGUUCAAGUUCGUAUUGUGACACUGAAUACCAAGUUCAAACCUGUUGAGGAGUUGUAUCCUUUAAUCACACUUCAGGAUCCUCAAAAAAAUGGGAUUUCUCAAUGGAAAAAUGUGACUUCUUUUCAAAAUAUUACCCAACUUUCAUUCAGAUUGAUUUCAGAACCAAUGUUUGGCAAUUACUCCAUUGUUGUGAAAAGAGCAUCGGGAAAGAUAUUGAUACACCAAUUUACUGUUAAAAGAUAUGUGUUGCCUAAAUUUGAAUUAAAGGUCAAUGUACCACGAACAGUAACUAUUUUAGAUGAUGAAUUCCAAGUGGAUGCUUGUGCUAAGUACACCUUUGGCCAACCUGUGCAAGGGAAAGCCACAAUUCGAGUGUGCAGAAAAUAUUUUUCCUCUAGGAAUUGUGAGAAAUACAUCAAUGAAAUAUGUGAACAAUUUAUUGUACAGUUGAGAAAUGGUUGUGUUUCUCAAACUAUAAAUACAAAAGUCUUCCAACUCUACCGUUCUGGAUUUUUCAUGUUAUUUCAUAUCACUGUAACUGCUACAGAAACCGGGACAGGUGUGCAGAUCAGUGAAAAGGCUUCUAUUUCUAUCACUUCAUUUCUUGGGACUGUGAACUUUGAGAACAUGGACCCUUUCUACAGAAGAGGAAUUCCUUAUUUUGGCACACUUACAUUUUCUGGUCCUGAUAAUGUCCCUAUGGUGAACAAGUUAUUGCAGUUGGAGCUCAAUGGCAAACUUAUAGGAAAUUACACCACAGAUGAAAAUGGUGAAGCUCAGUUAUCUAUCGACACUUCAGAUAUAUUUGAUCCAGAGUUCAACCUGAAAGCCACAUAUGUUUACCCAAAGAGCUGCCAAGUUCCUAGCUGGUUGACACCUGAGUAUUCGGAUGCCCGUAUUUCAGUCCCACGAUUUUACUCCCGAACCAAUAGCUUCCUGAAGAUUGUUCCUGAACCAAAGCAGCUUAGAUGCAAUCAACAAAAGAUUGUCAGUGUGCAUUACUCCCUGAACAGAGAAGCAUAUAGGGAACAUUCAAAGAUAAGCUUCUUUUAUUUGAUGAUGGCAAAAGGAGCUAUCUUGCUCAGUGGACAAAAGGAAAUCAGAAACAAAGCCUGGAAUGGAAGCUUCUCAUUCCCUAUCAACAUCAGCGCUGAUCUGGCUCCAGUGACUGUCUUGCUCGUCUAUACCCUUCACCCCAGUGGGGAAAUUGUGGCUGACACUGUCAAAUUCCAGAUUGACAAAUGCUUUAAAAACAAGGUGAGCAUAAAGUUCUCGAAGGAGCAGGGACUCCCUGGCUCCAAUACUAGCCUGUAUCUUCAAGCCGCCCCCAACUCCGUCUGUGCCCUCCAAGCUGUGGAUAAAAGUGUUCUUCUACUGAAAUCAGAAAAAGAGUUGUCAGCUAAGAGGGUGUAUAGCCUGCUUCCAAAUAUAGAACUUAAUGAUUACUCCUAUCAUGGUCUCAACCUUGACGAUGCCAAGCGAGAUCCUUGCAUUCCUGAGAAGAACGUGUUUUACAAUGGUUUAUACUACAUGCCUGUAAGCAACAGUGGGGAUGGAGACACCUAUGACAUUGUCAGGGCCAUGGGUCUGAAAGUCUUUACUAAUCUCCAUUAUCGGAAACCAGAAAUAUGUUCAGUGGAAUGGAAACCAUUCUCCAAGCCAUUGUAUUUAGCCAAGAAAACAAAUAAACUGAUGUACAGUGCCCCACCUGAACAUGCAUACCAUAAUUCAAAGGAGGAUUUUAAUUCUGUAGAACAGGCUAUAACGAAAACAGUCAGAAAAAACUUUCCAGAGACAUGGAUAUGGGACAUCGUCAGUGUCAAUUCCUCAGGUUCAGCAAAUCUUUCAUUCGUCAUCCCUGAUACUAUAACUCGAUGGGAGACAAAUGGCUUCUGUGUGGACGGUGAUGCUGGAUUUGGCAUUUCGUCAACAGUGGCUCUGGAAGCCUCCCAACCUUUCUUUAUUGAAAUGACGUUGCCCUCUACAGUUGUUCGAAAUGAGCAAUCUGAUGUGAUUGUCAAUGUCUUCAGCUACCUGAACACAUGUGUAGAGAUUUCUGUUGAAAUGAAAGGAUCUCAGAAUUUUGAGGCACAUAGGCGUACCCCUAAAAACAAUGGCAAUGAAGUUAUUCAAGGUGGUGGGAGGAACACAUAUGUCUGGACUCUUGUACCUAAGAAAUUGGGUAAAUUGAGUAUCACUGUAGUUGCUGAGUCCAAACGAAGUAAUGCUUGCCCAAAUGGAACAACUGAGCAGCAAAAACUAAACUGGAAAGAUACUGUGGUCAAGAGUUUGUUGGUAGAGCCUGAAGGUAUUGAAAAAGAAGUGACUCAAAGUUUCCUUGUCUAUACAGAAGGCACCAAAGUCUCCAUGCCGGUAGUUUUGGAUUUGCCAAACAACGUGGUACAAGGAUCAGCCAGGGCCUUUCUCACUGUUGUGCGGGAUAUUCUAGGACUUGCGAUGCAGAAUCUGGAGAACCUUCUCCAAAUGCCCGAUGGUUUUGGAGAGCAGAAUAUCGCCGGGCUAGCGUCCGAUACCUAUGUCCUUGACUACCUGAGAUCCACUAAACAACUGACAGAGGAAGUUGAAUCUCAGGCUUUCUUUUUACUAUCUAAUGGCUAUCAAAAGCAGUUGUCUUUCAAAAACUCUGAUGGCUCAUAUAGAAUGUUUUGGCAGAGAAAUCAGAAAGGAAGCAUAUGGCUCAGUGCCCUUACUUUUAAGACAUUAGAAGGAAUGAAGAAACAUGUUUUCAUUGAUGAACAAGUUCAACAACAGACCUUGAUCUGGCUUUCAAGCAAACAAGAUAGCAAUGGCUGCUUUAAAGGUGAUGGCAAGCUUUCCAACAAGGCUUGGGAGGGAGAAGAAGAAGAUGGCAUUUUACUCACAGCAUAUGUUGUUGGAGCAUUCCUUGAAGCUGGGCUCAAUUUUACUUUCCCUGCUCUACAACUUGGGUUCCUUUGCCUAGAGGAGGCAUUGGAGAAUGGUGUCACCAAUGACUAUAAUCAUGCAAUGCUAGCAUAUGCUUUUGCAUUAGCUGGAAAAGAGAAGCAAGUGAAAUCCUUACUACAGAUCCUGGAUCGAUCUGCUACAAAAAUAAAUAAUGUUAUAUAUUGGGAGAGAGCUAAGAAACCCAAUACAAGAGCAUCCCCAUCCUUUAUUCCUUGGGCACCUUCUGCUGAGACUGAGAAGACUUGCUAUGUGUUGUUGGCCAUCGUUUCCCAAAAAUCUCCUGACCUCACCUAUGCUAGUAAGAUUGUGCAGUGGCUUGCCCAACAAAUGAAUUCCUAUGGAGGCUUCUCUUCCAUCCAGAACACUGCCGUCUGUCUUCAUGCUAUAACCUAUUACAUGAAGUUAUCAUUCUUUAAUGGUCAAAACACUGUCACCUUUAGCAGUAAAGACUACAAUGAGACUUUCCAGGUUAACAAUUGCAACCGCUUACUGGUCCAACGUUCAGAACUAACAAAAGCAUAUGGACAAUACACCCUAGAUGUGAAAGGACAAGGUUCUGCAUUUAUUCAGGUUACCCUUAGGUAUAAUGUGUUACUACCUAAGAAGGAAUCUGGAUUUUCCCUUUCUGUGAAAAUGGUAAAGAAAAACUCUUCAGAUAAAAUUCAAACUAAUUUUGACCUGACAAUAACCAUCAAGUACAUUGGAGUGCACAAUACCGCCAAUAUGGUCCUUGUUGAUGUAAAAAUGCUAUCAGGAUUUACUCCAAUCAUGUCAUCCACUGAGAAGCUUGAAAAUAAUGGCCAAGUGAUGAAUACUGAGGUCAAGAAUGACCACGUUCUUUUCUACUUGAAAAGUAUUUCUCAUACAGCAUAUAGUUUCACUUUCUCUGUUGAGCAAAGCAACCUUGUGUCCAACAUUCAGUCAGCCCCAGUUAUGGUCUACAGUUAUGAAAAAGAUGAGUAUGCCAUUGUUUCUUACAAUGUCAACAGUGGUUCAGACUUCUCUGUGAGACAAAACAUAUCAUAG